AUGGCCAUGAGCUUUCAAUACCGCUUCACCCAUACUUGUGGGCACACAGGAUUUGGUCCCAUUGUCAACGCGCAUAGUGGCACAACACGGCUUCCACUAAUAUGCUCACAGCCAGCACCCUAUGCCAAUACAACAACCCUACCCCUAAACCUGGAGUUCAGCUGUCCCUUCUGCAUGUCCUCAGCGUCAAAUCACCUCUCACUAACACCACCAGGCUCCGGCCUCCUCACUGUUCUAAACAGUACGCCUGACUCGCUGUUUGCUCCAGGUUGGGCGAUUUUGAAAGCUUGCCGAUUCGAGGAGCUGGAGCCAAGCGACUGGGAUUUGGCCUUUGAGGGUAUGACGCUUGACGGGCGGUAUAGGCAGAUGGCGUGGAUUCCAAGGCCGUGUGGCGAAGUAAGAUUUGAAGGGCUAGAUGAGGCACAGGAGACGAUGAAGGUUGGGACUUUUUGGAGGUAUACCGGAUGCGUGGCUCAGAUCGGACACGGAAGGUUUGCUGGAUUGCUAUCGAGCUUGCACAAGGCGGUGCUGGACAGAGAGAAAGAGAAUGAGAUUGUUGCUGAAUGA